AUGGAUGCCUCCAUUGGGGAAUACGCCUCCAGGGACCCCAGGAGGCGCCCUCCUGACAUCCAAAUCGAGAAGCACUAUGUAUUUAGUACUUCCCUCCAGAAUUUGCAGCUCGAGGGGCCCCUCAUUCCUGGGAGCGACCCUCCUUGCAGCCACUGCCGCAGCAAGCGGCUCAAGUGCAUCUGCGAUGCUGUGCAGCUAGUCGGCAACACCCCCGCAUACGAGACCCCCGAGCUGGGCGAAGUCAGUAGACGGCUGGAGCGGAGUCGCGAGGCGCUGUCGGAUAUCCCCAUAGACGAGUGGAAAAGGCACACAGCCAAGACAGACGUCUUCAAGAAGGUGAUUCCGACAAUCAAGCAAAAAGUCUUAGACAAGGAUGGACACUGUCCCGAACUCUUGAUUAACUCCUGGACGAAGCUGUACGAGGUGUUGACUAAGACGCCGAUCCUUAAGCGCAGACUGAAGCACUUGCAACAACUGGAGCCGAAGCAACCCCGUGUGCUCAAGAGCAUUCACCUCUGUGAAUGCCCGGGGGGCUUUGUCGCCGCCACUAACCAUUUCAUCAAGACUGAAGCCAAAGGCGUGCUUUUCUCCUGGCGUGCUGCUUCCCUGAAUCCAUACUUUGAGGGCUGCAACCCGCUGGAGGCUCUGGAUGACGACGGCCUCUACAGGCACACAGAGAGGCGCUGGAUCACCAGUCCUGAUGGAAGCGGAGAUCUCAGGAGCAAAGAGAGCAUAGAAUUUCUCUGGAAACAGCUCACCCGACAAACGCAGAAUGGGGUCCCACCGUUCGGGCUGGCCGACUUGGUGACGGCGGAUGGCUCCUUCGACGUACAGCACGACCCUGCGCGGCAGGAAGAGCUGGUAGCUCCCCUCAUAUACGCGGAAUUGGUGGCAAUCCUCGGACUGCUGCAGAUCCAAGGCUCAGCCGUCCUUAAGGCAUACGCCCUUCACUCGCACCACUCCGUCUCCCUCCUUGCCAUACUCAGCAUGUGCUUCACGCAGGUCGCCGUGGUAAAGCCACAAAUGAGCCGUUCAGGCAACAGCGAAGUGUAUUUGCUGGGCCUCGGCUUUCGUGGGAUCCGAUCCCCAUUGCUAAGGGCGCUUUCAAGCGCUGUGGAUGGAUUUACACAAGACAUGGCUACCAUUCCUAGGGAAUGGCUUCCCGAUGAAUUUGUGGCGGAAUGCAGAAAAUGUGCAGAAUUCUUCACGCAGCUCCAGGCCGAGCACCUCGAGGUCUCCCUCCAGAAGUUUAAGGCUCUCAGCUCUCACGAACUGUGGCAGCUGUCCUUGGAGAAGGAACAAUUAGCCGACGAGUUCAUCAGUUCCAAUAACCUCCUGCCAAUUCGCUUUGAGGACCGACUAGUGCCAGACAGCGACUUCGUGAGAGACUGGGAAGCCCACGGCUUUACCAAUUCUACUAGAAGAGGCAGCAGGGAGAGAGUGCAGGGUGUGUUGGCCGACAGAAUCAGGUUUCGCGAAGUGUAUACGCGCCUGCAGUCUCACAGGGAGGAGAAAUGGCUGCAUCACGGGGGCUGCAGCAGAGCCCUUUGCCUUUUGACCUCUCAAGCAGGCAUCGAUGCAUUGUUGCAACGUGCGCAAGCCUCGUUAGAAGAUGCGGAUGAUACAGGUGAAGGGGAUAACGGCGAGUCAUCUCCUAAGGAAGGCGAGUCUAUGUGGUUAUGCCUUUAUCCGGAGGACUGCCAGCAGCAGCAGCAGCAGCAGCAGCCGCAGCCAGAAGCUCAGGACAUGGCUUCUUUUUUCACAAAUUUCACGGCACGUGCACGCCAGUGCUGGAAUCAGCAACGGCCGCAGCAGCAGUCUCAGCAGGUGCCGUCAGCAUCAGUGCCAUCUCCUGCUGCAGUUGCGUGGAGAGAAGAAAUGCUGCAGGGGCUGCGGAAGGCGGAGUACAACGCGAGGCCUUCCUGCUGGCUGACACUCUUGAGGCCUCUGGCGCCUUACCGGGUACAGAUGAGUCGUUUUGCGGAUGACCGCCUUUUAGCAAUUGUCGGGGAGCUGCGCCACCAACUUCCUUUCCUUUUCCCACACUCCACCCCGGAUUUCCUCCUGCUUGAAGGCCGCCCCUCCGCUGUCGGCGAGAGGCUGGGGGAAGAGGAGCUGCCUCCUCCUAGUAGCAUCGAUUUGUUGUUGGCACUGAAGCAGCUUGAAAUGCCUGCUGGUGCACCCGGCCCUGUGGCGUCCUCAUCUGGCGCGAGCCAUAUAGAGGGGCCUCUAGGAGAAACCUCGGAGAAGGAGCUCGCAGGAAUCUGGAGGAAACAGUACCCCGUCUGCGUAGAAAUCAGCAGCUGGAGUGCCCCUUUGGCUCUCCCAGUGCAGCUCAUGCUGAGGCGAUAUGGUUGUAGCUGCUUUGUCGUCAUAACCCCGUCGAAGCAGCUUCAGCACCAAGAGCAGCAGCUCACGCGGGAAGUGCUUGAAGGAGCUACUCCCCGAUCAGCCCCUGUAUUAGGUGUUCAGGAGGUCGAUAUCCUCGCUGCCUUUGCAGAAGCGGAAACCAGCGACUAUUUUAAACGGCAAAUGCAGCAGGUGGUUCUCCCGAGCUUACCGGCCCGAGGUGCGCCCUUAGUAUCGCUCGACAUAACUGGUGUGCAACACUGGCGGAGAGAAGAGAUUAGCGAGGGUGGAACAGAGCGGGGAGAGAGCGUUGGAGCAAAGGGGAGUGAAGGAGAAAGAUCGAGACAUAGAGGCGUUGUGGCUGCGGUGCACGAGGAGAUGGCUCAAGCCGAGAUGGAGGCCUCCCUAAUUCUCUUGGGGCAGAUCAUACAGGGCCUACUGGUGCUAUCUCCUGAGGGCAACAUUGUGUUGCGCCUGCACAGCUGUUACACCCGUUAUACUGCAUCUUUGCUAAUGCUGCUGGCUAUCUGUUUUACUUCGAGCUGUCUUUACAAACCCCCGUCUGUUCCCUCUUGGUCCUCCGACGCCUUCUUCCUCGGCAAGGGAAAGAGGCAGGAGGAGUCUACGCAGGUACUGCAGCUCCUUUUUACCGCCUGGGGGAUUUUAGUUGCAAAACAUAAGUCUGAAAGCGUCUCACUCCUUAGUGCAGAGACAGCCAGGCUGGGUGGUUUCAAGCGGGGCAUCUCCACGACUACGGCUGCUGCAACCAUCAACUGCGGGGGGCUUUCAGCUCACUGGGUUCUACAGCAGUGCAUUAAGGCCAAACUCUUUACCAAUUUAGUUUCCAACAAGUGGAUCCUUUUGUUCAAUAAUCGCCUCCUCCGACAGCAACUGAAGGAUUUAAGCGAGCGCACAGAGCUGGUGUCUUUAGCGUGUCGGGCUGCAGGAGUUGCCCUCGCAGCUGCUAAAACUGCCCCUGGAAGUAACCCACCAGUAAAGGCUCGAGUUGCAGCCGGAGCUACUUUAAAAUGCUUGAAUCAACAGGAGAGACGAAAGAAAGUGGCAUUGUUUCUGCGAGCCCAAGGCAUCCUAGAUUUGGUUCUGCGAAAGGAUUCACCCUAUCACCAGUCCCUCUCUGCUUCGGAGGCGCGGGAAGACACGGCUAAAGAUGAUGAAUGGGGAGGCCAGCUCUUCGAUUCGGUCGAGGUCCUUGCGCUACUCGCUGGGGCACAGCCGACUCUUAGUGCACAAGCAACAGAAGAGAUUUGGAGGGAAGCCUGA